CAUUAUCAUUGGAUGAAUCAGAGCUCAAAAAUAACUGAAUCGCCAUCAGAUCUACGAUAUUUUGAUAAGAAAUCAUUUGGUAUAAAAGCAAUAGCAUAGGAUAGCAAAGGCAGUUGGAGGUGUCGUGUAAUAAUUUUCAUUGCAUUCGUAUCCAGAGGAAGUAACAAUGGCACAGACUCUUGUCAUUGCUUUGUUCGCUACGAUAGCGGUAACCUUCGUUCUCGCAGGGGACUUGAACCUCGGUGGUCCAGUACCCAAUGAUCAUUCUAUUAAGAACGCAACUGUGAUUCGAAAGCCCAGGCCAUUUAAACAAGUGGCCAUGGUUGCCUUCGGUGACGGUUCAAAUAUCACGAGUAUUCGGGCCAUCGACCACAAUAUCACCAGCAAUGCCAGCGCUUCCGUACUGGUCGGUGGACUUGGCCACCCUGCAGUUAUUUUGUACUUCAAGGCACCUCGAAACCAAGGGCUCAACUUUACGGUAGAGGUUAGAGGAGUUCGUCCACCAAAGCCUACUCCACCACCUCCAUCAACAAUACCAACAACACUACCUCCAUCGCUACCAGAAACUACUAGACCCACUCAAGAAGAAGAGCAAAGCGAGGAAGAAUUAAAUUUCAUUGACCAAGCUUAUUAUGAGGAUAACUAGUUUUUACAAACUCUUUCAAUUAUUCAACGGUCAAUGAGCCAUAAAAAUAAAAAUAAAUAAUUAAUUGAAAUCGUAAUAA